UCCGAUUCUGCAUGUACGUAGCGAGGACUCAGGUCACGUCGAUGCCGUUGUUUGAAACAUUCUAAUAAUAUUCGAGAAAAGGUCUUCACUACUGUAGCAGGCUUAGGGUUAGACUAGAGAGUAGUUCCUUGUGGUGGAAGUCAUGCUUCGGUGAUGACCGUGUCCGGACGUGGAGCAGGGUGCGUUCUUUGGGAAACGCCGGUCUUCGGAUGGUGGUGUCGGUGGCGAGAAAGGACAGGAAGCCACAGCUGCCCGCUGGCGUGCAGCGACUAUCAACAAUACUGACAUUAUAACUUUGAAGAAUAUAAUUGUGUGUGUACGGAAGCGAGGGCAUGCAAAGGCCUUAGCGUUGCCGCCAGAUGUUGCCGGCUGCUGGCAGCUGGUAUGCGGAAAGCGCAAAGUGCGGGCCAGGCGCGACUGGGGCUGCUUCUCUUGCUGUGUUGGAUAGUGCAUGCACAGGAAGGGCUAUGUCCAGCGUUAGACCCGCCGCAUAAUGGUAAGAUUCAAACCUUGGAGACGCCAAUUCGAAAUGGCACGGUCAUCAUGCUCGUGUGCAACGUCGACUUUGAGCUUAGCGGCACGGCGGCGAUCUCGUGCUUGCCAAGCGGUGUCUACAGCAAAGAGCUGGGGAGCUGUGUUUCGACGACUAUCUCGUCAACAACCCUGUUCCUGGGCAUCGGUGCUGGUAUUGGAGCCCUCGUUAUGUUGACACUGUUGGGACUAAUCUUUUGGAAGAAAAGGAAACUUUCCCGUGAGCCGGAGAAGAUUCCGAUGGGCAACCCCACAUCACAACUGCGUCUGCUCACGCACAGCGCCUCGGGCAUAGCGUCUCCAGCAGUGGGCCAGACGCUGCGAGACCGACCGUUCAGGCAGGACGAAGGAGGGUUCUGCUUCAUGGCUCUCUCUGGCGGUGGUGUGAACACUGACGACGCGUCGGCGGUGCUUUUCGAAACCAUCGACGAUGUGGACGAUGGCGCGGUGUUGGUGGCCGCUCGCCCACGCAGCACCAGCUUUAAGGACAAUGUUUCCGCCAGGUCUGGCACAUCCAGGUCGACGUCCAGCCUCCAGCGCAGCUCCACCGACAGCAACGACGGGAACACCAGCGCUGACGACCACCGGGAAAUGUGCAUGCACUCCGUCCUAGAAGAGGACAACGUUUCGACGCUGGGUGUCCUCAAGCGGAUGGCUACAACUCCGCGCCUGCAACGCCAAAUGGCCGUUUCCAGCUCGCACAGUAUCUGGUCCACUGACAGUAAUAAGUCCCCCUACGCAGAUAGCAAUCAAAAUCACAGAGCCGGUCCCAUACAUAAGCGAGCCAGCACGAUAUCUUCCGGCUCUACCAGCAGGACAGAGUAUAAUGACAAGCAGCAGCAGCAGAACAGGAAAUUCUCCGUAUCAAAGCAGUGGUCACUGGAUGUGGGGAGGCGAAUGUCAGCGAAAUGGUCUUCAGCAAAGUCUUUUGAAGCAGAAGUGCCCAGUGAAUACAUGGAGGAGUGGUCGCCGGAAAUUAGUCCCUCUAGCGCAGGGCCAGGCGAAAGCAUCAGUGGUACAACAUCCAAGAACAUGAGUAAUAUUGGAAUAUUGCCGCAACCAUCGACCAGCGUACCCGCUUCAUUUGGGCUUGGACUACGAAAUGACCAGUUUGAAGCUGAACAGAGCGACAGCAGAAGGCCAUGUCCAGUUUCUGCAGCACCAAUGGGCACCGCCGGCUUAAAUGGAUCUCCUAUGCAGUCUCCGGGUUUGGCCAUGCGAAAGGUGUCGUUACCGUCGAUGUCCAACAUACCUCCCCCAGCUAGCUACAACCCAAGGCCGGGAUUAUCCCGCGAUGCCACUGUCGACUCUCUCCUCGAGCCACUAGACAUUAAUCGCACCCGGUCAUUCGGUCUUUCGCGUAAGAUCACAUCUCAGCCGGCCAUCUCCCCCACCUCUCUUGGGUCAAUCUUUGGACGAAUCCGGAGCAUUUCGCCGGCGAGAGGUAGCUUUUCAAAGCAGGGAGCACCUGGCAGCCCGGUUUCGACUAGCAUGCGUCCAAAGCGACUCGGCAGUUGGGGAGUUCAGAAAACGUUCUCUACGGCGCGUGUGCAGAGUGUGGGCGAGGAGAGCAGGCCACGCGUCAACUCUCUGCCACACGCGGUACACAGAUCUGUGUCCAAACACAAUGUGCCGCUACCUGCAAUACCUACUGUGGUCAAAGACCCUGCUAUCCAGGGGGCAGAGUCAGACUAUGCGAGUGUAGGGGCAAUGCGGCAUCCACAUAUUCGAGCUCCAUCCAAUGCUCCCACGCCAAGACUGAAGCUCCAGCAGCCAACCAGACGAGCACGUACCGAGACUAAAAACUCUCCCGACAUGGAGGCAGCGCGAAAACAGGCAGCCCACCGAAUUCGCAGCCAAUCACAGCUGCCUAACAGGCGGAUACAGGUGGCUCCAGCGCAGAAGGCGCCAAUGCAACCUCACUCCAUGACAUCCAGUACCACACUGGCACAAAUGCAACCUCACUCCGUGAUAUCCAGCGGCGCACUGGCGCCUGAUAUGGCAUCGUUUCGUCCCCGGUCCGCCACAUCCACCAGUCAGGCAGGCUCAAAAAUAGUAAGGCCACCGUCUUCCAACACACACUUAUCCGGCUUUCCUGUCCCACCGUCCAAGAGCAGCGCUUGGGUGGUUGAUUCAUCGCAGCGAUCACGCAGCAGCUCCGAUUCCAUGCGCAAAUCACUGAGCACAGUGGACCGCCGUCCGAGCAUGUCGAAAGACGCAGUACGGAAAAAGUUUGCACGGUUUAGAGCCAACACGCUUGACACCGGCCGAAAAGGAGAAACUGACACGUCCAAGGUAGACCAGAGUGCGGUGGAACAGGGCAUGUACCGUGCUAGAAGCAACACCGUUGGCAUCCACCACAUGAAGCACCGCUCCCUUGAUUGUGGAGGUAUUGGUACCAGCGUGACAAGCUCGUACCACGGCAACUCUCCAUACUUGUUGGGGACGCCACGACAAUCUGUGUUGGGUUCAAGUGCUCCUCCAUCUGAGGCUGACUUCUCCCCUUAUGCCGACCCGCUAGAUGUGAUACCAUGCGAAAGCGGUGGGAGAUUGUCUGUUAACACCAUGUCCACUCCAGGCCAAGUCGGCUCGCAGGAAAACUCAUCUAUCCCGUCCCCAGCCUGCUCAAGUGAAGAACACAGUGACGUGGCCGUAGAGGAAGGCACUGGUGACACAUUAGCUGAAGCUGCUCACCGAUUGACACUAACACAGGAAUUGGAAGACCCGUAUGCCUUCCCGCUGGAUGCACCCAUUUCAUUGUUAUCCAGGUCACCCGGCCGCACCUCCGUGACUCUGUCCGAAGCGUCGCCGCCAGCAAUGCGUUCACGACGCAAUGGUGAGGUCGAACCUCUGAGCAGGGUGCGGUCGCGGUCGCACAGUUCAACUCCAGAUCGGAUGCUGUCCCGCAAGUCAUCUCAAGUGUCCUACAACUCUGAGGAUUUGGACAUGUUGUUGUCUGUGACAGAGGUGCCGGAAGAACUAAUGUCACAAUCUCAACGAAAGGGUUCGAGUCAGCCUGAUUCAUUCAAGUUUUCUAUCACAGGGUUCCAAUCCAGUGGCCUGCAAACUAUUCAAGACACAACACCGUACACAUCACCACGCCACUCAUUAGUGCCCAGCCAGAGCUUUGACUAUACGCCAUAUUCAUCGGUCCUGUCCAUCCAUCCAGGCACGGGUUUGCUUCCUAACUCAUCGCCAUCCCUAUCUGUAGGUGAUGAGGACUCUGACACCAAUCCAUAUGCUCAGCUGCGCACGGUCCUGUCCCAGCUGUCAAAGAAUCGUUCACAAAUUGCCCCCGACCUACCCGGGGAGUCAGGCAUGCUGGCUGCACCAAACACUCCUGUGCCGGCAGCGAAAUACCUGAGGUCCUCAGACAAGGACGUCUUUGAGGAGUCCAUUUAUGAACAUCCAGUUAUAGUUUCCGAUGGGGCAACUUCAGCUGGGUUGAAUCGACACCGCUCAAUGCCAGACCUAAACGCAGCCAAGAGGGCAGCUGAGCGUAGAAACAGCUGGCCUGAAACAGCCGAAGCCGAGACACAGCGCCAGGCUGCACAUACUGAGGUGAACGCAUAUGCCGCUCCCGUAGAAAUGCUGUACAGGAUAUCCAAGAUGGAUGAAGUGCCGGCAUUCUUGCAGGCCUUUCAUCGCCACGCGAGCCUCAUGGAUGACUCUGUCCCAAGGAUUCGCAGGAAGACUCAGCAGCGCUAUUCACAAGCCAGUGGCAUGGCCACGCCAUACACUACAUUGAGCGAUGAUUCAGCAGAAUCGUCGCCCGUUUCCGCCAGGAAAUGCUCGCCUGUGCUCGAGUGAGCUGGCUUCUGUCUGCGAUGAUUGAGCAGUACCAGCCACGCUGGUUCAUGACUCUGUGUUGUACUGGAGUAUAGCGACUUUUAAUUUAAAGUGCGACAGCUGCAAUCACGUUUCCACUACUUUCAUCACCUGUGUUGUUCCCACAACAGGUGGUUCGUUUUGGCCGGUAGUGACAAGUUUCAGGCCUCCAAUGACUCGCACUGUACAAAAUGUCUCCCACCCCCACCACGAGAAUGUGCUAGACACGGUCGACCUGUGAAUUUCUCUAACCACGUCGUGUCAGACCUUACGCCUUUUUCUGGUGAAAUGGAAAUACUCUAGUCCGGAGACUGACAUUUGGCCUCUUUUGAAGCCACUGGAAGCUCUUUUAGUUAGUGUCUUCAAGGCAAUUUGAUUUCCAAUAUAUUCUACUCCCUUUCCCUUCCUCAUUUUGCCCUUUCUCUUGCCUAUAACCAAUAACCACAUUCCACUUUAGAUGCCUUCUCAUCUGCAAACCCCUUCCUGGCAAAUUUGCUGUAUUCAAUCAAUAUUUUUUUGCUCUGGUCCCAACUAACUAUCCAGCCUCACAUCACUACACACUGGGCCUUCUUGAUGUAUUAUUUUGCCGGAGUUGUAGUUUCACGACUCCCUGAUGAUUGAUGUCCAGUCCACAAUAAGCAAUAUCCAGAACUGAAUCAAGCUACGCCCACUCAUUAUUCUCAUUUUGGCGAAGUGUUUAUAUUUCUUCUUGACUACAGUUCACACACACAUACACACCUUAUCGUUAUAUUCAGCUCACAGCCAUUCUGCGAGCGGUUUCACUGCUGAGUGCGCACGCACGGUCUUCAUUAGCACUGCCAGCGCCCACUGCACACAUUCACGGUAUCCAGCUAGCCAUGUAGAGCGCAUAUUUAUCGGAAUUCGCAGCUCGCCUUGUUCCUUACUUUCUUAUUCUGUGCAUGAUAGAGGAUUAUUUCUUAGGUUGCGCCGUGUAUAUCUUGUUUGUCCUGAUCUUUAGGCCUGAGUUUGUUUGAAUAGCUUGGUUGUUUUCAUUUUUCCCUGUCAUAAUGGUCGGUGUUUCUACUGCCGAUUGUUUCUGCUCCUAAUUACUUCUAUUUCUGGUGGUCUGUUCCUUUUUCUCAACUCUUUUCACUGUCGACAUGUCUGUCUUCCAGCAAGGUAUUAAUUGAAUGUGUAACCUUGCCAUAACAUUAUCAAGUUGA